AUGUGCAGUAAAAAAAUUGCAGAAUUUGGCUUAGCAGGACUGGACAAGUCAUUCUUUAAAAACGAUCCUGUAUCAAAAUACUGUACUGAGCUAUCUAUAAAACAAGAUCCUCUCCUGAAAAAGGUUUCCGAUGAUACAAUAAGAAAUCUUCCAUUUGGUUUAAUGAUAGGUGCACCUGAAGUUUAUCAACUGGGGCAGAACUUGUUAAGGCUGAUCAGGGCAAAAAAAGCACUUGACAUAGGUACGUUUACUGGUGCAUCUGCUGUUGCCUGGUCUUUGGCACUGCCUUCUGACGGUCAAGUGAUUUCGAUGGAUGUGAGCCAUGACGCUUUUAAACAAAUAGGCGAACAAGCAAUAAAAGCUAGGGAAGACGUUGCCAAAAAGAUUACUUUCAAACUUGAACCGGCACUUCAAACUCUUGAUGGUCUUUUGGCUAACGGAGAAGCAGGAACAUGGGAUUUUGCAUUUAUAGAUGCCGACAAAGAAAACUACCUAAAUUAUUAUGAGAAAUGUGUUGAACUUUUACGUCCUGGUGGUGUUAUGAUGGUUGAUAAUGUAAGUUUUUGUGGACUUGCUUUUAUAUUUUUUGAAUAUCCACUUAUUAAAGCUAUACACAUAGUGCUGAAAAAAUUACUUUAUAAUUUCUGA